AAGAUAGUGAUUCUAAUGAAGAAAUAUUAGAAGCAAAACAAGCAAAAUGCAAGAAAUUAAAAACUAAUCAUAUACCAAAAGAAUCAAACCUUACUCCUAAUGAUAUCAGAGAAGCUAACAUUAUUUCACAACUAUGA